AAUAGUGUUACGGGAUGCGUUCGUCAUUUGUCAGCUGACCGGCUGAACUCUGUAGCACCUAGGCGCAGAGUAGCACUAGUGGUUCCUGGAAAGUGUCGGGCUCAGUAAGGCUCAGCGUUAAAGUGUCGCUGGAAUAGAGAUCAGGACGGAGCUCCAAACGCCCCCCUGGCUGUAACUGCGGUAACACUAGUACCUCGAAUGUAUCCACGCGAUUAUCUAUUAAUUUUAAAUUCCUCUUCAAUCGACGUGGUCUUUUAACAGUGUUUGCAGUUUCAUUUGGUUUUUUGUGCCGGGCUAAUGGAUGCUGAAGAGGGACUUGAACAUACCAUGGAAUACAAGGUUCUCAAGGCCUAUAUGAAAAGGAGGAGACCAGAGGGCACCAAACUGGAGAGUGCAGACCAUGAUAUUCAAAAGCCUUCCUCCAAGAUGGUGAAAAAGUGUAAGAUAAUGAAGUUCUUCAGCUGUGUACACCCACAAACAGAGGAGUUGGACUCAAGGCCCAAGAAGGACGGAAGAGUCAUUGAAUUUAGAUGCCUAAAUGGUGACGAUGGAGCUGUGGAAGUCGCUGAUCGACUGAUGAAGAUUGCGGAUUCUGUGCCCGUUGCCUGUAUAGAGAACGUUGAGUCGGACAUUGAGUCGGAUGGCCCUGAAGGUGAUGACCGCAACCCAACUCUACCCUAUCCAGACGAUGUCAUCCAGGAAAUUGUGGAACUAUUGAAAGAGUCCGGUGACAAACUCGAUAAGGAAGUGAAGAAUAACAAGCGUUUGGCCGAGAUACAAAAGAGUUUUGACUACAACAUCUUCAAAAAAGUGACUGACACGUUCCUCCAGAACAUGGGGUUCUAUGGCAAUCUCAAAAAUCAGAAGGCCAAGAUUGCCCUCGCGUUUGAGGUCACCAGCAGGCUGACUGCUAUGGACAACCAUCCCAUGAACCGGGUGCUUGGUUUUGGCGCUAAGUACCUGCAGGAGAACCACUCCACUUGGAUCCAGCAGCAUGGAGGCUGGGACAACGCUUUUGACAGCAACGAAGACGAUGAAGUUCACUGAGGAGGAUUGUUUUUUUUUUUUUUUCUUCCCGUUUUUAGGGAUUUUAAUUCUUUUUUUUGAACGAAGUUCUGCAUAUGUUGCCACCUAUGGGCUUGCUGUAUAGUUGACUUCUCAGGGUUCCGAGUUGACAAUACUGGAAAAACUCUCAUUUUUCAGUUUUUUUCCAAAGGUUUCUAGAGAGAGUGACUACUGGUUCAUUAAGUAAAUCCAUGCCAUAUUUCCUAUAGUUAAAGGGCAACAGCCAAUUGUCAGUCUGAUAUUAAUGAGGGGAAGAAAAUCCUGCUAUUAACAAUAGACUGAAUAAGGCUGUGGUAGCAACAUUCACAACAUCCAGGACCUCAAGAGCAUCACAAAUAGGAACAUACAUGCUUUUGAAUAGUUUCUAUCUCUUCUAAAGCACUUAAAAGGCGUACUUUCAUGCAUUCAUAGCACAUUUGAAUGUUUGCAUUUCCUACCAUAAGUCCUCUGUCACAGGCAAAACUCUUCGCCCUAAAACAAUGGUUUGUAUGACACAUAGUGCUCAUACCUGACAUUCCACUGGUUUAACAAUAUGAGCUGUAGGACAGUGCAGUGACUGAAGAGAACGUAUGGGUUAUGGCUGUGGUAUUUGAUGUUUUGAAAACUGCUUACUUGUGACCUGAGAUCACUGUGAAUUGCCUCAAAGCAUCUCGCCUCAUCGGUGGUCCAGACCACAUCUGUGCUGUCAGUGUCAUAACAUCUGUCUUUAAGAGUGCACUUCACCUUGAAUAUGGUUCCACACCUCCUGCCAUGGGAAUGCACCUAUAUGCACAACACCAUCAUCAAAUGGUCAAACCCUGUUACCCCAGGAUGCAAGUGGCUGCCAUUGAGAAAUGCAUUCUGCAUUGGCCUGGAAAGAAGAUUCUACCUCACGCAGACCUCUGCUCUCUCCGUUAGGUUGCGUGUCAAACCAGCUUUUCAACUAUGGGCUUGCUGGUUGUGGAGGUGAACAAUCAUUUACAUUAGAAUCCUGUCAGUCUUGAAUGAGUCUAUCAAAGAUGUUUAGUGUCCUGCGAUGUCUACUGGUUUGAUCUGAAUAGUGACACUUUGAUGUAUUUAAAUACCUUUUAUAAUUUAAAUUUGAUAACUGUUCUGUGAAAUAUUUAAAGAAUGAAAAUUCUCUUGUAAAUACUGUGUUUCAAUGUAUGAAUUUACAUUACGGUGUGACUGUGUGUACUUGUGGGUGUGUAUGCUGAAAACUGAAACUUAAAGUUAUGUUUGCUUACUGUAAUCAGCCAUUAGCCAUUAACGGUGCUCUUUCAAUCAUCGUCAUCACUCUCCCAGGGCUCUGGACUUGUGCUCCAACCCCAGAUUUGGAUUCUUUUUUCCAUUUUUAAGUGCUGGUGAUAAACUAUUUGUCAUAGUAUUUUCUACUUAAAAUUAGAACUGAAAUGAAACUACUCUCGCUCUCUAAAAUAUAAUUCAAAACCUGAAA